AUGGCCAUUCAUCCCCGUCUACGCGCAGAGGGCGCGCAUCUCUCUCCCCAACAGGCACGCGCGAUUUCCGCAUGGACGGAGCAGCAUGCAGCAACCUCCCUGCAGGACAUGACCCUAUCGGACCCUGGCGAGCCCACUUCGCCAACUCCCUCGCGGGUGGGCCUGCGCGGUGCCACCGUGUCGUUGUCAAUCCCGCUGGAGGAUGAGCCAGUCUCCAAAGCCCCCGAGCCCCGUCCGCCAACCGUCAGCUUUCGACGCCGGGCGCCACUCCGCGAAUCGAAGACGCGGGAGACCCUGCUGAAGGGGAAAGAUGGGAGUCGACGGAGACAACGGUGGGAGAACGAUCGUCUGUUGCACAAUCCCUGGGCAGAGCCACCCUCGUCGAAGGACUGGGACGUCACACCUACCCACACACGUCAUAAUCCCAUGCCGUACUAUCUGGCUCCGCUGUGGGAUGUGCAUUACUCACACGUCCAGGACCAACAGUUGGAUGUCAAGGCCGUGGAGCGGGCUAAUGAGAAGCAUCACGUUCCCAAGGAACUACGGUCAAAGUUGAAGCAUGCGCGGGCUGCAAGGGGUAUGUUGCAGGACCUGGAAGAAGAGGUGCGGGUGUUCAUCCGCAAGUGGAAUGAGAAAGAGCUGCUAUUGGAGAAGGAGGGCUUGCAGGACGCACCCGAUCAUUCGGCGAGCGAUGAUUCGGAAGAUGAGAUCGUUUUUGUGGGUCGCAAUGGACAGAUGCAUGAUGCUCCCGAGAGGAAGGAGAGACUUCGCUUGCUGCACGCGGAGAUCAGUUCACACAGUGAGCGAGACGGUGAGAAGAUGGUGCUCGAGACGAUGAAUGACGACCGUGCCGCUGGGUUUGGACGUUGGCUGGUGCACUCCAUCGCUUCGUACUACGGGCUUCACACUUGGACUGUCACGAAGGAUGACCGGCGUGAAGCGUAUGUCGGUUUCCAACCUCCAGCAGCGGGAAGCCGAACCGGUCUUGUUUCUUCCUCCGCUUGUCGGACGGAGGCCUUGAUCAAGCCUGGUGACGAACUUCCCCAGCCGCUGUAUGCGCAGGUGUAG